AUACAAGACAAGUCUUAGUUCUUACCUUCCCUUCUCCAAUUAUAGUUGCCUGCAAAAUCAAAAUGAGAAGCUUUGGAAAUCUGGGGCAAUGGCCCCUACUUGCAUUUGCUUUGGCAAUUUGCUUUGUAGCAACUACUGUUGUUGCUGAUUACUCUUAUGGCUACACUUCUCCCUCACCCUCCAAGUACUACAAAUUACCUUCGCCUUCAAAGUACCAUGCUCAGGUAACGGUCUCUUACAAACAUUAUCCUUCACACUAUUACAAGUCGCCGUCGCCAUCAAAGUACCAUAGCCAUUCACCAAAUGUUUACAAAUCACCUCUACCUUUGAAGCAUGAUUAUUACGAUGCACCAAAACCUACAAAAUAUUACAAAUCACCGCUACCUUUGAAGCAUGAUUAUUACAAAGCACCAAAACCUACAAAAUAUUACAAAUCACCUCUACCUUUGAAACAUGAUUAUUACAAAGCACCAACACCAACAAAAUAUUACAAAUCGCCAGCUCCUUCAAAGCACAACUACAAGUCACCAUUACCGAUUAAGUAUUACAAGUCACCUGCUCCUUCAAAGCACUAUUACUACAAGUCACCAUCACCAACAAAAUAUUACAAGUCACCUGCUCGUGUGAAAUACAACAAGCCACAAACACCAACAAAAUAUUACAAGUCACCAGUUUACUACAAGUCUCCGCCACCACCAAAGUAUUACGAGAAAUCGCCUUCUUAUUACAAGUCACCUCCACCCCCUCCGAAAUACUAUGAACAUUCACCUUCCUAUUAUAAAUCAUCUCCACCCCCACCGAAAUACUACGAGCAGUCAUCGUCUUCUUACAAAUCUCACCCACCUCCACCAAAAUAUUAUAAACAGUCACCUUCAUACAAGUCUCCGCCUCCACCACCAAAAUAUUACGAGCAAUUACCUACAACUUACAGUGCACCACCUCUACCAAAAAUCUACGAACAAUUACCAUCAUAUUACAAAUCACCACCACCACCAUCGACAAAUUACAAUAAGCAAACUCCUACCUAUGCCUCACCUCCCCCACCUGAAAAGUACGAGCAAUCUCCCACCUACAGUUCACCUCCACCUCCAUCACCGUCACCUCCACCGACCUACUACUAAUAUUCAAGUCAUUCGCCUCCAAAAUAGCUACUAUCAUUUCCUUGCUUUCAACUUCUUAGCAUACUCUUGUUUGGAGCGUCUCCCAUUAUUGUUCUACCUCAGCCCUAAAGUACAUGUAUUAUUUAUUAUAUUUUAUGUUUUGCAUUUGAUAUCUAAUUAAGAUCAUUGAGAUCUGUAUUGAUUCGGGUCAUUGUAUUAAGAAACUUUUUAAAUUUAAGCUCUUCAGAAUUUUACUUUGCUUCUUA